AUCUUCUCGUGCUUUAACGGUCGAAUUCUGAAACUCUCUGCUCCCCAGUUUCUCUCUUCUUAGCUUUUCAUCGUAGCCCCACGAUGCGGGGUUUCUCAUUCUCUUCUCGAUUUAAUUUCACAUGUUAACUAUUUUACGACUUUGUGUAAUCGAAAAAGAUUUAUUGCCACCUUUGAAUUCCAGUUUCCAGGUAUAGUUACUUAAGGAUGCCUACAGGUGUAAACAAUCUGCUUUCUCGAAUGGAAACGACAUGUGGAGCUCUUCUCUAUGAAUUACAGAUAAUUUGGGACGAGGUUGGGGAAUCUGUUGCUGAAAGGGAUAGAAUGUUACUUGAACUUGAACAAGAAUGUUUAGAAGUCUACAGAAGAAAAGUGGAUCAGGCAAACAGGUAUAGAGUUCAGCUGAGGCAGGCAAUUGCUGAUGCUGAAGCAGAGCUUGCUGCCAUCUGUUCUGCACUGGGAGAGCGACCUGUGCACAUUAGGCAGUCUGAUCAAAACUGUGGAAGCUUGAAGGCUGAACUCUUAGCCAUCCUUCCACAGAUAGAGGAGAUGAGGAACAGAAGAAUUGAUAGGAAGAAUCAAUUUAUCAAGGUCCUAGAAGAGAUACAUAGCAUUAAGAAUGAAAUCUAUAGGUCAGAUCGGUUUGCUUCUAAUGGCCCUGCAGUUGAUGAAGCUGAUUUGUCUAUAAAAAAGCUCGAAGAGUUGCAGAGAGAGAUGCAGGCACUCCAAAGUGAAAAGAGUGAACGGCUGAAGCUGGUGCUUGACCGCAUGAAGUAUUUGGACUCACUGUGCAUAGUGCUUGGUUUGGAUUUCAAGAAAAUUGUCGGUGAGAUUCAUCCGAGUUUAGCUGAAGCUGCAGGUUCAAAAAAUAUUAGUAACAGCAUCAUAGAGCAGUUGGGGACUGCUAUACAGAACCUAAGAGAGCUUAAAAUACAACGAAUGCAACAGUUACAAGAUCUUACGACUUCAUUAUUGGAGCUUUGGGACUUGAUGGACACACCAAUUGAAGAGCAACAGACAUUUCAGAAAUUUACUUGUCAUCUAGCUGCUUCAGAAGAUGAGAUGACAGAGCCUGAUAUUCUUUCUAUAAACUAUAUUAACUGUGUCAAGACAGAAGUUUCUCGAUUGGAAGGGCUGAAAGAAAGCAAAAUAAAGGAACUUAUUUUGAAAAAGAAGGCAGAGCUGGAAGUUCUCUGUAGGAAGACACAUCUUAUUCCAGAUUCAGAUAGUGCAAUGGAAAUAGCUAUAGAUGCUAUUGAUUCUGGAGCUGUUGAUGCCACUUUUGUGCUUGAACAAAUCGAGCUUCAGAUAGCUAGAGUUAAAGAGGAGGCUCUCGGCAGGAAAGAAAUCCUUGAAAAGGUUGAGAAGUGGAUGGCUGCAUGUGACGAGGAAAGCUGGCUCGAGGAGUACAAUAGGGAUGACAACCGCUAUAAUGCUGGCAGAGGUGCUCAUGUUAUGCUAAAACGUGCAGAAAAAGCUCGUGCACUGGUCAAUAAACUUCCAGCAAUGGUGGGCGCAUUGGCUUCAAAGGUUAUAGUUUGGGAAAAUGAGAAAGGAAUAGCAUUUACUUAUGAUGGCGUUCGUCUUCUCUCUAUGCUCGAACAAUAUAUGGUUCUACGGCAAGAAAAAGAACAGGAGCGAAAAAGGCAGAGGGAUCAGAAGAAACUGCAGGGACAGUUACUAACAGAGCAGGAAGCUAUUUAUGGUUCAAAGCCAAGUCCCGUGAAGAACCACAGUGUGAAGAAAAGACCUCGAUCAUCAUGUGGUGGUGCAAGCAAUAGAACGCUUUCCCUUGGUGGACCUACGCUACAGACUCCCAAGCGUGAGAUGCCUCCAUCUGCAAAAGCCACUCCCAACAUACGAAACUCGAAGAAAAAUGAGAUUAUCAACAAAUACCGUCCCAAGGAUGAUGGACUUGCACCUCCCUCUUCAGGGAGGAGAGUUGUCGGCAUGGCUGGUCAUCCUGCAAAACAUCAAUCUCCCAACUUAGUAAAUGCUCGUCAGCGAGAGUCGCCCGUGGUGCGAAAGCCGUUCUCUUCUAUUUCUUUCACCAAUUCAUCAAAGACCAAUGUCACAAAUACAUUGGAAGACCGGAACAAAAGACACAAGGAGAAGUUGCACAAGACACAAACGAACAACAAACCUUUCACUACUCCUCCCAAGACCAUUUCCAUUGCCGAGCAAGAGAACAGAACGCCCCAAACAAUGGGAAUUUCUGUAGCAUCAACACCCUCAACAUCGUCUGUUCCUGUGCAGACACCAACAACACCGCCUCCUCUCCAAACAACAAUAACACCGGUUCCUUCUACAAAGAAGACAGUUCCUGAGGAGAUUGAGUACUCGUUUGAGGAGAGGAGAGCUGGAUUUGUGUUGCCUAGAUCACGUCUAAUGACCGUGACACAAGUAUAGCUAUAACCAUUUGUUUGCUCAGUUCAGUUCAGUUGCAGUUGUUAUAUAUUCAUUUAUGGCUUUUGUUUGUGAUGACGAGUCUAUUGUCUCCGUCUUGUGUACAUAAUCCUAGGAAACAACUGAACAAGGACCCUGGACGCUGAAAUUGCUUCCCCUCCAAACCUGAUGUGAAUUUCAUCUGAUUUGUGAAUAGUGGCUUCUUCAUUUAAUUACAAAAUCACA